AUGCUAGCCGGACCGCCCACGGGUGCGCUGCGGCCCCCUGUGGCCAUUGGGGAGCUACAUGAGGACGACUUUCAAGAGACAUUUGGGCCAUCCACGUCCCCGAACAAGAGCUUCCGAAGCGGGGGUGGUGGCUGGAGCUUCCCGGCAGUCCAGGCAGACGAGGCGCAAUAUUCAGGUUGGGGCAUCCCUUCCUCGGCUUCGCACUACAGCACGCGCGAGGACGAGAACGCGCCGGAAGCCCGCAGAUGGGCAGACGAGCCUCGAAGCCACGGCUGGGGUCUACCUGAUGACCUCGAUGCAGCUCCGCUGCGCGCGCCCCGCAGCAGCGCUCGAAAAGCGCUCCAGGCGCCGCCUUCGCCGGCCAUCCACGGGCAGGUAGAUGCCAUGCCACCUUCGCCAGCCGACCGCCGGGUGCGGCUGCAGGCCCAGGCACAGCCUGCGGACCAGGCGCAGAACAGCUUGGCUCCACUUCCCGCCAGGCGGCUGGUCACACGCUAUGCGCAGCCGGCAGUCUCUGUGCCGGCUGCUGCGCCAACUGCUGCGCCGGCUGCUGCGCCGGCUGCCGUGCUGGCUGCACCGGCUGCUGCCCCGGCCAUAUGCCGGUUACCAGCUGCAGGGGCUGCAGGGCCGGCCCCAAUAGUCGCGCCUUCGGCUGGUUCCUCAGCGGUGCCGAUGAACAUUCAGGCAUGGCGGCAUGGCUAUAUCUGA